UAACUUUGAAGCCUAGGAAGUGGGGGAGGGGCCCAAAGCAAAGUAGUCCAGCCCAGCUAGGGCUGGGAGGCUGGUAUUUUUAUACCUUUGCAGGGUGAGAGUGUUAUCCGGAAAUGCUUAGAGCCCGUUUGCACACUAGCUUCUUUCAGAACUUGAAAUCCGCCAACAUGAGCUACAAGGCUGCCGCAACUUCCAAAAGCAAUCAGCGGCUGUUACAGGACAAAGUAGCUCUGGUGACCGCUUCCACUGAUGGGAUCGGCUUUGCCAUUGCUCAGCGUCUGGCCAGUGAUGGGGCCCACGUGAUUGUGAGCAGCCGAAAGCAGCAGAAUGUGGAUCGAGCUGUGGCAGCACUCCAGAAGGAGGGGCUGAGUGUGACGGGCACUGUGUGCCAUGUAGGAAAGGCAGAGGAUCGCAAACGUCUGGUAGCCACGGCUAUAGACCGCCACGGAGGUAUUGACAUUCUGGUCUCCAAUGCUGCUGUCAACCCCUUCUUUGGUAAGCUGGUGGAUGCCAGCGAAGAGAUAUGGGACAAGGUUCUGGAUGUUAACGUAAAGGCUACAGCCCUGCUAAUGAAUUUGGUGGUGCCAGAGAUGGAAAAACGGGGAGGUGGCUCCGUGGUGAUUGUGUCCUCAGUUGCUGCCUAUACACCCUUCCAAGCCCUGGGCCCCUAUAAUGUCAGUAAAACAGCCCUACUGGCACUCACCAAAAACUUUGCUUCUGAGGUAGAACCAAUGGGCAUUAGGGUGAACUGCCUGGCACCAGGCCUCAUCAAGACUAACUUCAGCUCUGUGUUAUGGAAAAUGGAGGCUAAUGAGACCAGCAUUAAAAAUCUACUGAAGAUAAGCAGGCUGGGUGAGCCUCAUGAAUGUGCCGGCAUCGUGUCUUUCCUGUGUUCACCGGAUGCUAGCUACAUUACAGGAGAAACCAUAGUAGUGGCUGGAGGGGCCCAUUCCCGUCUUUGAUCAGCCUGGGAAGCCCACUCGGAUAUUCUAGCAGCUAUCUAUAAUGAAGAAAAGGCUCAAGAUUGGACCUCAACUUCUAAAUUCAGAGACUCAUCUCCUUCCCUAACCUUGCCCAUCCCACUGACUUCCCUGGAUUUAAAAAAAAAAAAUGCCGCGGGUAAAUAUGCAGCUAGGGAUCCUUCUGUUUGCCAUGUAUAGGAGUAAAAGCCGUCCAUGAGGAAAUCUGUCCUGUACAAAACUCUUUGUGAGAUAGGAAGAUAGAGCUAAACUACACGUUUUUCUAGACCAGAUCGACCCAUCUACUUUUUACAAAACUAAACGCAGCUGACGGGAAGAGGGGAUGAGGAGAUGAGGACUGAGACUAGGACAAGGCCAGGGAAGAGAAAAGAGACUUAGAAACACUGGAGGUAGGAGGGAACAGACCGGGAAAAUACUGGGGAAAGGGGCACAUCUUUUAUUUUUGUGCCAUUAAAAAUAAAUUAACUUGCAAAUAA